ACAUACUGACGCUGCUGAGGCUUCGCGUUUUCAUCGACUGCGCAGAGAGAGAGAGAGAGGCAACCGUGCAGCAUGUCGAAAGAUAGCCAACCCCGUGAACCGGAGCAGCUCCGGAAGCUGUUUAUUGGAGGCCUCAGCUUCGAGACGACAGACGACAGUCUGCGCUCCUAUUUUGAACAAUGGGGAACCUUAACAGACUGUGUGGUGAUGAAGGAUCCCAACACGAAACGCUCCAGGGGCUUUGGGUUUGUCACAUACUCCUGUGUGGAAGAAGUUGAUGCUGCCAUGGAAGCACGUCCUCACAAAGUUGAUGGUCGGCUCGUUGAGCCCAAACGGGCUGUGUCUAGAGAGGAUUCCAACAAACCAUUUGCUCACACAACAGUAAAAAAGAUAUUUGUUGGUGGCAUCAAGGAGGAUACAGAAGAGGAGCAUCUGCGUGACUACUUCACUGAGUUUGGGAAGAUUGAAGCAGUUGAAAUAAUGGUUGAUCGUAACACGGGAACCAAAAGAGGCUUUGCCUUUGUAACUUUUGAUGACCAUGAUGCUGUGGACCGUAUUGUCAUUCAAAAGUAUCACACCAUUAAUGGCCAUAACUCAGAAGUGAGGAAGGCGCUGUCCAAGCAAGAGAUGCAGAACUCUUCCAUGAACAUAAGGGGACGUGGUGGUGGCAGCUUUGGUGGCCGUUACGGCAACAAUGACUUUGAGGGUGGCAGAGAUGGAUAUGGCGGUGGUCGAGGUGGAAGAGGUGGUGGAGGAUAUGGAGGUGGUGAUAACUUCAACAGUGGUUUUCGCGGUGAUGGUGGCUAUGGUGGUGGCGGCCCAGGCUAUGGUGGAAACAGAGGUUAUGGCGGAGGUGGAGGAGGACCAGGUUAUGGCAACCAAGGUGGUGGAGGGUAUGGCGGCGGUGGAUAUGGAGGUAGUAGUGGUGGUGGUGGUGGUGGUGGCGGCGGCUACGACAACUACAACAACGGCGGUGGAAACUUUGGCGGUGGUAACUUUGGAGGUGGUGGUGGUGGUGGAGGAAACUACAAUGACUUUGGGAACUACAACAACCAGUCAUCCAGUUAUGGCCCCAUGAAAGGAAACUUUGGAGGUGGUGGUGGCGGCAGGAACAGUGGUGGCCCAUAUGGCUCUGCAUAUGGUGGUAGCUCAGGAGGUGGUGGGGGCUACGGCGGUGGAUCUGGAGGUGGAUACGGCGGCAGUUCUGGAGGUGGCAGACGAUUUUAAGUUUGUAAGGAUUCAGUACUUAGGAGAGGAGGCAGGACAGCAAGAGGGGUGACAGGGCAGCGGCAGGUUUUCUUCCUAGAUCUGCUCAGCUGUUCAGAAGAGAUGUACAGUAGUGCGAUCAUGAGUGGAACUACUUUUGUUUAUUGAUGUGAUGUCAGGAUUUUAUUUUGUCCCUAUAGAGUUCAUUCCAGAUGCGCUUUUGUGUAGAAUAACUUCGUCAGUGCUCUAAUUAUGUGUAACUUAAUGAUUCAAGCUGAAUAAAGCAACUUUCAGUUUUUUUACAAAA